UUGACGAUAACGGACAACGAAACGUGUUCCGCGUUUCAGCACCUCUCAUCUCUUUUUGAACACCGCACCACAGUUUUAACGAAUAAUAAAAUAAAAAAAAUAUUUAUAUCUUGUGAAGUUUUGAGGAAUUUUUCCUGGAUAUUAUUUGUGGUAUUUUAUGACUGUGUGACAUAAUUGUUAAGUUGGCAUUGGAUUAAAUUAAUAAGAAUUGUGCAAAUUUGAAAAUCAUUUCGGUCGGCUGCCGUAUGAAAAUGGUUGGACUUCAAACAAAAACGCACAGAUAUUGUGCGAUGGUCAUGAUUUAAAUUCGUUUCCCAAACUCUUUAUAAUGGCUCACAGUGCGGGACAUCUCGUCGUCUAUUUCGUGAUACUGCUGUAUUUAAUCCAAGUUUUAAAUUGCAUGUCGCCUGCAAUGAACACUGAAAACUCAAUGUUCCGACACCGUAGGAGCUACGAACAGAGACGCAAAAGCAAGGACGGCGCAUUAGGCAACACGGUUAAGGGAACCGCAGCCGGUGGCGGCAAGCCGGGGGUAUUUGCCACCGAAAAUUGCACAGUGGUGGUGGCACAAAUGGGAGGCACGGCCACAUUGCCAUGUGUAGUUCGCAAAUUCAGCAAUGGAGUGGUUUCUUGGAUAAGAAAACGGGACUAUCACUUACUGACAGUGGGUUUGACUACGUACAACACGGACGAUCGUUUCAUGGUGGAACAUGUUCGACAUCUUCAGAAUUGGGGACUCCUUAUCAAGCAUGUUCAGCCCUCCGAUGCGGGACUGUACGAGUGCCAAAUGUCGACCCAUCCCCCAACUAGCAUCUUUAUCGAACUCAAGGUCACAAAGGCACUGGCCGAAAUACAAGGUGCUCCGGAUCUCCACAUAAGGUCCGGAUCGUUCUUAAGACUGGUCUGCACGUUGCAAAACUCCACCGAAACGCCGGCAUACGUAUUCUGGUAUCACGAAAUGCGAAUGAUCAACUAUGAUCCGGGAGUGUCCGUGCUCGAGGGUCGUGCCUCCAGCAUACUUCAACUGGAGGAGGCGGACAAAAGCAACGACGGAAACUACACAUGCAGUCCGUCUAACGCUGUGCCGGCUUCCAUCAUUGUGCACGUCAUAAACGCGACAACAGAGGAGAAACCAGCGGCUAUGCAACACGCCAAUACAUCAUCAUCGUCGACCUACUCGUUCAUGAAGUGCAGUUUGCUCAUUGUGAUACUCAUACCGGUGUUACCAACUACGUGAUCGUUACUAAACUAAAUAUUGACAGACACUUAAAUGUGACAUACGAACCAAAGUGAUAAACUGAGACAUACUUGCAUUAAUAAAAUCGAUUUUGUAAAUUUGUAAAUAAUACUCGUUAAAUUAUACUAUAAGGACUAUUGUCGAAUGCCAAAUACUUCCAUGUAACAUGUAUUAUAUAUUUUU